CUUUGCUCUGUCUGUGGUCUUGCUUGGGCGACAUUUAUGGUGGAAAAGAUGGCCGAACCGUGUAGCAAUAGCAAAUCUAAUAAUAUGAAGCGGAAGUAUAGUGAUGUUGACAAAAUGGUCUCUGAAUACAAAACAUUAAAAUCACGCGAAACUCUAGUGGAGUUAAUGCGACUAUAUAAGGGUUACCCAAUCUUAUGUCAUAAUACUCAUGAAGAUUUUACUAAUCCAACAAAACGCAAGAAGGCGUAUGAAAUGCUUCUUGACGAAUACAAGAAAUUUGAUAAAACUGCAACCGUAGCGGGAAUGCAGCACAAAUUAAAUUGUUUCAAGUCAGCAACAAAACGAGAAAAGGCCAAGAUGCAGUCACUUGUCCGUAGUGUGGGUCGUUGUGAAUAUGAACCUCCUCAGUGGUGGUAUCCGUAUUUAAGUUUUCUACACCCAUUUGAAGGCGAACCAAGAGCGCCGAGUCCAGAUUAUUUUUAUUAUAGAAAAGCCAGAGAAGAAAUGGAAAUAGAAAUGAAGAAACAUGGCUUAUUGCCGGAAGAUCAGGAUCAGUCAUCAUCAGAGCAGGAUUGCGAAACUGCGAAAUUAGCAGCUUUAAAUAAGUACUCCGCCGAAGCAUUGGGAAAGACGAUUAGACACCAAAUCCAAGAGUUGGAUUACUCACAACGAGGCAUUGCGGAGAAGUUAAUAGAAGAGAUAUUGUUUUACGCCAAAAUGGAACGAUUGACUCAGGAAACUGUAUUGCAAUUAGAAUUAUAGUCUAUAGAUUUUUUUUUUGUUUUAAACUAGUUUUAAAUAAGGUUCUAGUUUUAUAUGGAAUUUUGGUGUACUACAAAAUGGCUUUAUGACAGUUGACAAACGGAUGGGAAUGAUCUCUGAACUCCUGAAGCAUCAUAUAAUAAAUAUUAAUAAAUACAUAAAUCAAUAGAGUUUAGUGCCACGACGAAGUGCGGGAAUUGAAACAUACAAAAUAUAUAUUUUUAACUAAGGGAUAAAUAGAUAAAUAAAUAUAAGAAUUAGUAAUUUUUCAUAAUAAGAAGUAAUUUAGAUAAAUAAAUACAUAUAGAUACCUCAAUGUAUUUUUUCAUGUCUUUUACUUCGAAACUUCUAUCAAUUCAAAUAUUUUCCAAAAAAAUAUUAGUAAGAGAGACAGAGACAAAACUACGGCGGCUUGACAUAUAAAAACUAGUGUUAUCAGUAAAUAUAAUUUAUAUAAAUAUAAUGACAAUAAAUAUAAUUUCUCCCCUUCA